AUGCCAGAUCCAGAAGAGGCGGCUUACAGACGGGGCGCUCCGUUCACUUUUGACGGAGAAAAGUACUUGGAGCUUGUACGGAAACUGCGAGAACGGAUCCUGCCGGAGUCCACAACAAUUUAUGCUCCAAGCUUCGAUCACGCAGUAAAAGAUCCUGUGGAGAAUGACAUUCCCAUUCCGCCAACAGCUCGCAUUGUUGUGUUAGAGGGUCUCUAUGUUGCUUUGGAUCAGGAGCCGUGGCGGGAUGCUGCUAAGCUGAUGGACGAGUUGUGGUUCGUCGACGUCCCCAUGCAUCUCGCGAUAGAGAGACUGGUCAAAAGACAUGUCGAAGCGGGACUUUCACCGGACGCGGGACAUGCACGAGCCAGAGUUAUGGCUAACGAUAUGCACAAUGGCCAGUAUGUUCUCGAUCAUCGGCUUCCAACCCAAGAAAUGAUCCAAAGCAUAGAGGAGGGUGCUUGGAAAACCACGAAAUCCGAGAUACAAGAAGCCGCUGAAGGAAAGAAUAGACCUGGACCUGACAGAAUGAGUUCAACUGCGAAAUUGGCAGCGCUGGGGGCCGGAUGCUGA